AUGGAUGGUGAAUAUGUUGAUACGCACGAUUCAGAACCAAUUCGCUUUGAUGAGUACCACUACUCGUUGCCAGCUCCCAAAAUGGAGGCAGAGUCAGAGUUACUCACAGCUUCCUCUAGCGAUGGUGGUCUCGUGGUGACUCGUGGUGACUUAGGUGACUGA